GCUGACCAUCAGUAUAGAAAUAACCGUUUAUAUUAUGAGGGCUUGGAUCAUAAAUUGCAACAAAGUUUGCUUGGCACUUCUUAUGAAUUUUCUUUAUUCUCACGGCAAUUAUACAUACUCACCUGA